UCCGAGCCCCGCCCUGUUCUCCUCAUGCGCAUGCGCCGUACAGGGGCGCCUUUUACGACGCGGCGGCCGCUGCGCGCUUGGCGGCCGGAGCGAAAAGAGCGGAGCGCGGGUGGCCGCUGCGGCAGGGCCGAAGGGACGCGCGGGCGGCGGCGGCGUCGCCAUGUCGCACGGCCACAGCCACGGCGGGAGCGGCUGCCGCUGUGCCGCCGAACGGGAGGAGCCACCCGAGCAGCGCGGCCUGGCCUACGGCCUGUACCUGCGCAUCGACCUGGAGCGGCUGCAGUGCCUCAACGAGAGCCGCGAAGGCAGCGGUCGCGGCGUCUUCAAGCCCUGGGAGGAGCGGACCGACCGCUCCAAGGCAAUGUCAAGCUCAAAGGCAUCAUUAUAAUGGGAGAAGAUGAUGACUCACACCCCUCUGAGAUGAGACUGUACAAGAACAUUCCACAGAUGUCCUUUGAUGAUACAGAUAGGGAGCCAGAUCAGACCUUUAGUCUGAACCGGGAUCUUACAGGAGAAUUAGAGUAUGCUACAAAAAUUUCUCGUUUUUCAAAUGUCUAUCACCUUUCAAUUCAUAUUUCAAAAAACUUUGGAGCCGAUACCACAAAGGUCUUUUAUAUUGGCCUGAGAGGAGAAUGGACUGAGCUUCGCCGACAUGAAGUGACCAUCUGCAAUUAUGAAGCAUCGGCCAACCCAGCUGACCACAGGGUCCAUCAGGUUACCCCACAGACACACUUUAUUUCCUAAGGGCUGGCCAAGGCUCCUACAGUGGCGUUGUGUCAGUGAAGAUACGUGACAUCCUGUUGGGGAGGACAAAGAGAGAUGGGGCUCCAGAGAGAGUUGGCAGCUACAGCCUCUGCCAAGCUUUGUGUUUGGAGCUUGCUGCAGAAACCUGGCCUAUGGAAGAUACCACACCCCCGGAAAGGCUUGUGUGGGCGCUGAGGGACAAUCGUGGUUCUCUAGGGGCCUGCAGAAAUUGGGUCUUGGGCUGGUCAGCGUCUGGUAGUCAUGGAUAAUGCCUGCCUUUCCAGUUAAUGUGGCCAUGGGAUUCCAAGUAUCUUGUUGCUUUGUGGCAGGAUUUUUGUGUGACUUUUUUUUUCUUAAAGUGAAGACUAUUCCUGGGCUGCAUAAACUUUCUGAAGCCUCAGCAUUGUGUUUGUAUUAACCAUCAGGAGGGUUUCCAACUAGAAAUACUUGUCCCUGCUUGCUCCUUCUCCCUGUCAUCUUUCAACAUUCUUGUCAAGUUGCCCAGCUUGGAGUUGUCUGUCAUUCAAUAGUGUCCCAUGGUUAUAGCUAGAAGAGCAGGAAUCACCUGAUGAUGCUUAAUAGCUUGAGGAGAAGGUCUUUUUUCCUACUGCCCAGGUAAGCAAUCUGAGGCGAGCAAGGGCAUCAUUUCUGUGUUUGUGGGUAUGCUGGUCCGGGUGAGAUUGGGACUUAGGUAAGAUUCUCCUUGGGACAUCCUUAAUGUUUAUUAGCUUCUCACUAGUAUUGUAAGCCCAGUGGCAGAAUUUGGAAAUCUCAGUUCUCCUGUUCAUGGCUUUUUAUUCACUGUGAUUAAUAAGCUUCCUAAUAAAUCCUUGCCAGACUUAA